AUGGAGAUGUCUGCCCCAGCCCCUGCCAUGGAGAAGAAAGAAGCCAAGGGCGGGAUCCUGGAGGCCUCUGCAUUCCCCGACCCGGGCAGGAAGGCCUCUGCCCUGGCGGUGGCCACAGCAGCAGCGGCAGCGGCAGCCGUGGCUGCCCAAGGAGUGCCACAGCACCUUCUGCCGCCCUUCCAUCCACCCUUGCCGAUUGACAUGCGACACCAGGAAGGAAGGUACCAUUAUGAGCCCCACUCAGUCCACAGUAUGCCCGGACCUCCUACCCUGAGUGGCAGCCCUGUCAUCUCCGACAUCUCACUGAUCCGGCUCUCCCCACACCCUGCUGGCCCUGGGGAGUCACCCUUCAAUGCCCACCACCCAUAUGUGAGCCCCCACAUGGAGCAUUACCUCCGUGCCAUGCACAGCAGCCCCACGCUCCCCACCAUCUCGGCAGCCAGGGGCCUUAGCCCUGCUGAAGUGGCCCAUGAGCAUCUGAAGGAGAGGGGCCUGUUUGGCCUCCCAGCUCCAGGCACCAACCCCUCAGACUAUUACCACCAGAUGACGCUCAUGGCCAGCCAUCCUGCACCAUAUGGUGACCUGCUGAUGCAGAGUGGGGGUGCCACAGGAACCCCCCAUCUCCAUGACUACCUCAACCCAGUGGAUGUGUCACGGUUCUCCAGCCCACGAGUGACGCCCCGCCUGAGCCGCAAGCGGGCUCUGUCCAUCUCCCCACUCUCAGACGCCAGCCUGGACCUGCAGCGCAUGAUCCGGACCUCGCCCAACUCACUGGUGGCCUACAUCAACAACUCCCGUAGCAGCUCAGCAGCCAGCGGCUCCUAUGGACACUUGUCAGCAGGGGCCAUCAGCCCAGCCUUCACCUUCCCCCACCCCAUUAACCCAGUGGCCUACCAGCAGAUCUUGAGCCAGCAGAGAAGCCUGGGGUCAGCCUUUGGACACACACCCCCACUGAUCCAGCCCUCGCCUACGUUCCUGGCUCAGCAGCCCAUGGCCCUGGCCCCCAUCAAUACCACGCCCACCCAACUCAGCAGCACCAACUGUUUAAGUGACACCAGCCAGAGCAAGCAGAGCAGUGAGUCUGCAGUGAGCAGCACCGUCAACCCCAUUGUCAUUCACAAACGAAGCAAGGUUAAGACUGAAGUGGAUGGCCUGCGACCAGCCUCCCCACUGACCCUGACGCAAGGGACCAUAUCGGGUGCUGACAAUUGUGGAUGCCCGAUUCCUCUCUCCCCACAGGAGCAGCUGGCUGACCUUAAGGAAGACCUGGACAGGGAUGACUGUAAACAGGAGGCUGAGGUGGUCAUCUACGAAACCAACUGCCACUGGGAAGACUGCACCAAGGAGUAUGACACCCAGGAGCAGCUGGUACAUCACAUCAACAAUGAGCACAUCCAUGGGGAGAAGAAGGAGUUCGUGUGCCGCUGGCAGGCCUGCACACGGGAACAGAAACCGUUCAAGGCACAGUACAUGCUGGUGGUGCACAUGCGCCGACACACAGGCGAGAAGCCCCACAAAUGCACAUUUGAGGGCUGCUCAAAAGCCUACUCUCGCCUGGAGAACCUGAAGACGCACCUACGGUCCCAUACUGGGGAGAAACCAUAUGUAUGCGAGCACGAGGGCUGCAACAAGGCCUUCUCCAAUGCAUCGGACCGCGCGAAGCACCAGAACCGCACUCACUCCAAUGAGAAACCUUACAUCUGCAAGAUCCCAGGCUGCACCAAACGCUACACAGACCCCAGCUCUCUCCGGAAGCAUGUGAAAACGGUCCAUGGCCCGGAUGCUCAUGUCACCAAGAAGCAACGCAACGAUGUGCAUCUCCGCACAUCUGUGCUCAAGGAGAAUGGGGACAGUGAGGCAAGCACUGAGCCUGGUGGCAGAGGCUCUGAAGAGAACAUGAAGGCCAGCAACAGUAAUCAGGCAGUGGAGGACUGCCUGCAUAUCAAAGCUAUCAAGACUGAGAGCUCCGGGUUGUGUCAGUCCAGUCCUGGGGCGCAGUCAUCCUGUAGCAGUGAGCCCUCUCCAUUGGGCAGUGCCCUCAACAAUGACAGCGGUGUGGAGAUGCCGGGGACGGGGCCCGGGAGUCUGGGAGAUCUGACCACUUUGGAUGACACCCCAUCGGGGGCUGAGGCAGCCUCUGCCGCAGGGGGCUUGCAGCUGCGCAAACACAUGACGGCCAUGCAUCGCUUUGAGCAGCUCAAGAAAGAGAAGCUCAAGUCACUCAAGGAUUCCUGCUCAUGGACUGGGCCGGCUCCACACCCCCGGGGCACCAAGCUGCCUCCCCUCCCAGGCAAUGGCUCUGUCCUGGAAAACUUCGGUGGGGGUGGUGGGCCGGCGGGGCUGCUGCCCAACCCGCGGCUGUCGGAGCUGACCUCGAGUGAGGUGACCCUUCUGAGCCACCUGCAAGAGCGCCGCGACAGCGCCACCAGCACGGUCAGCUCGGCCUACACCGUGAGCCGCCGUUCCUCCGGCAUCUCCCCUUACUGCUCCAGCCGCCGCUCCAGCGAAGCCUCGCCGCUGGGUGCAGGCCGCCCGCACAAUGCCAGCUCAGCCGACUCGUAUGACCCCAUCUCCACCGAUGCCUCACGGCGCUCCAGCGAGGCCAGCCAGUGCAGCGGCGGUGGCUCCGGGCUAUUGCACCUUACACCGGCACAGCAGUACAGCCUGCGGGCCAAGUACGCAGCAGCCACCGGUGGCCCGCCGCCCACCCCGUUGCCCGGCCUGGAGCGCAUGAGCCUACGGACCCGCCUGGCACUGCUGGACGCGCCCGAGCACGCGCUGCCAGGGACCUGCCCACGCCCACUGGGACCACGACGGGGCAGCGACGGGCCCAUCUACGGCCACGCAGGCCCUGCACCAGCCUUUCCCCACCAAGUGCCAGGUGGCGGGGCAAGGCGGGCCAGCGACCCUGUGCGGCGGCCAGAUGCCCUGGCACCCCCACGCGUGCAGCGCUUCCACAGCGCCCACAACAUGAGCCCCGCAACUGCCACCACGGUGCUGCCACCCUGCGCUGCAGAGAGGCGGGGUCUCCGCAUGCAUGGCACCGAUGGCAGCCUGCCCCGACUCACCUACUCGCCACGGCCACCCAGCAUCAGUGAGAAUGUGGUGAUGGAGGCCAUGGCUUCUGGGAUGGAUGGCACAGGCCCCGAGGCCAACCUCAUGCUGCCCGAUGAUGACCUAGUACUGCCAGAUGAUGUGGUGCAGUAUAUCAAGGCACAGGCCGGCGGGGCCCUGGACGAGAGCUCCCCACCAGUCUAUGCCCCAGAAAGCACCUGCUUCUCAGAGAACCCCAAAAUGCCCAGCCCUGUGCAACGCAGGAUGGUGGCUGCUGACUCCAACAUGGGGUCCUCUGGCCCUGGAAUGGGAGGCUGUCAGCAGCUGGGCUAUGGACCACCCUCCAGCCUGAACAAAAGCAACAUGCCUGUGCAGUGGAACGAAGUGAGCUCGGGCACCAUGGACACCCUGACCAGCCAGGCCAAAUCCUCGCCUUUUCCGCAGGGCAACCUGGCCGUGGUGCCACAGAAGGCCACCCUGGGCCAGUACCCAGGUUACAGCACACACACUGGGGAUCUGGACAGCACACAGCCACACCUGCCACCUUGCAGUGGGGCUCCCAGGGGCAAUUAUUUGCAACAGCUGCGGCAGCCAGGGGCCCCUAAUCAGUGUCCCAACCUGACCUCCACUGUGAGCCCUCCCACCAACUAUGGAGGUCAGACCCACCCCCAGCUGAGCCCCGGUACAGUGAGUGGGGCCUUGAGCCAGUUCCCCACAUCUUGCAACAACAUGGCAGGCAAGUCAGGCUCCUUAGGCUUCCCCCAGCAAAUGGAAGUUUCUCCAGACCCCACCGUGAUGGGCAGCAGCCGCCGGGAAGUUGGUGUCUCCAACUCCACCCUGACUGGGCUGCCACCACCUCACCCAGCCCAGGGCUACCCCCAGCAAAGCCAUCAUCUGGCUGCCCUCAUCAGCCAAGAGAGCUACUGCCCAGGCUCCAGCCUGUUGCCUGCUCACCAGCCCGACUUCAUAGAGUCCCACCAGGGAACACUAGGACAGGCCGCAUCAGGCUUUGGCUUGGUGCAGCCUAGGCCACCCCCAGAACCCAACCCAGCUGGUCGGCACCGUGUAGUUCGAGCUGGGCAGCAGUUGGCCUAUGCCAGGGCCACUGGCCAUGGUAGGGUAGCUGUGUCAGCCAAUCAGGAGUUGGCAGAGUCUGUCCCCAAGGGAACAAUGGGUGCCAUGGCCUCUCUGCCUCCUCAGCCACCUCUGCAGGACGUGAGCAGGGCCCAGGACCACAGUAUGCUCUACUACUAUGGCCAGAUCCAUAUGUAUGAACAGAAUGGAGGCCUGGAGAACCACGCCAGCUCUCAGGUCAUGCGGCCUCAACCACCUCAGGCCUGCCCAGGCAGUGUUCAGCCCCAGCCCCUUCCCUCACCCGGGGUCAACCAGGUGUCCAGCACAGUUGACUCCCAGCUCCUGGAGGCCCCUCAGAUUGAUUUUGACGCCAUCAUGGAUGAUGGUGACCAUUCAAGCUUGCUCUCAGGCGCCCUGAGCCCCAGCCUCCUCCACAGUCUCUCCCAGAACUCCUCCCGCCUCACCACCCCUCGGAACUCCCUGACCCUGCCCUCUAUCCCCACUGGCAUCAGCAACAUGGCUGUUGGGGACAUGAGCUCCAUGCUCACCAGCCUGGCCGAGGAGAGCAAGUUCCUGAAUAUGAUGACCUAA